AUGCUGCGCUUCGUUCGAUCGCGCUUCCUGGCGCCGUCGCCGGUGAGCCAUGCGCUGAACCACACAUGGGCGCCCCGCGCUGCAGCCAAGCAGCCCGAGCGCGCCCGCGUCGCCCUCGUCGGGCGCACCAACGUCGGCAAGUCGACGCUCUUCAACCGCCUCACCAAGUCCCGCCGGGCCAUCGUGCACAACGUGCCUGGCACGACGCGAGACCGCCGCUUUGGCAUCGGCUACUUGGCCGGUAUGGAGUUUGAUGUGAUCGACACGGGCGGUCUCGCCGAUGCGCCUACGGGCAGCUUGGAGCAAGGCAUGUUGUCGCAAACCGAGCGCGCGCUCCACGAAGCCAACUUGAUCUUGUUCUUGGUCGAUGGGCGCGAGGGGAUCACGGAGAUUGACAAGCACUUUGCACGCUGGCUGCGCAAGGCCGACCCCAAGGCGCCGAUCCAUCUCAUUGCCAACAAGCUCGAAGGCGACGCGACGCGGUGGAUGCCCAACAUUCACGACUGCCACACGCUGGGCAUGGGCGACCCCCUCAUCAUGUCGGCGGAGCACGGCGAAGGCCUCCCCGACCUCGUGCCUCUGAUCGCGCCGAUCGUUGACGAGCAUGCUGCUGCGUUUGCGAUGACGCAAGCGGCAGAAGAAAACGCCGAGGAGAUCGACCUCGACGAAGCCAAGGAAGAGCUCGAAAACCCGCGCGCGAUCAAGCUCGCGAUCGUGGGCCGCCCGAAUGUCGGCAAGUCGACGCUGCUCAACAAGAUUGUGCGCGACGACCGUGUCUUGACGGGCCCCGAGCCGGGCGUCACGCGCGACUCGGUCGAAGUGUCGUGGAACUUUCAGAACCGCGAGAUCACGCUUGUCGACACGGCGGGCAUCCGCAAGUUUAGCAAGCGCGACCACUCGAACCAGAUUGAAAACCUCUCGGUGCGGGACACGUACGAUGCGAUUAGCUCGGCGCAGGUUGUCGUCGUCGUCGUUGAUGUCAGCGAGGAACACUUGAUUCAUCUCGACCUCACGAUUGCCCAGCGGGUUCUGGACGAAGGCCGUGCGCUCGUGCUCGUUGCCAACAAGUCGGACCUCGUCGAGAACGCGGCAGCCGAGAUCGAGCGCAUUCGCAAGGAGCUCGAUGGGUCGCUGGCCCAGGUCCGUGGCGUGCCCGUGGUCCCCAUCAGUGCACUCACGGGCAAGGGCGUCCGUGGUAUCCUCCCUGAAGUCGUCGAAGCCCACAACCGGUGGGAUUUGCGCGUGACCACGGGCCGCCUCAACCGGUGGCUCGCGGCCAUGGACCGCCAUCACCCGCCGCCGACCGUCAAGGGCAAGCAGCUUAAGGUCAAGUACAUGACGCAGGUCAAGGCGCGGCCGCCGACCUUUGCCGUGUUUGUCAACCGUCCCGAAGAUGUCCCGGAAACGUACCGUCGCUUCCUCCUCAACCAGCUCCGCACCGAGUUUGACAUGACGGGCGUGCCUGCGCGUCUCCUCCUUCGCGGCGGCGAAGACAACCCGUACAAGAAGGGCUACGCUCGCGCCAAGCCCAUGAACCGCCGCACCAAGAAGCUGCCAACCAAGCCGUCGCCGUCGACCAGUGCCGAGAAGGAGCCUGCCUCGCCCAAGGCAGCAUCGUCGUCGGUGCCCAAGGCAGCGGCGUCGUCCGAGAGUCGUCCUAAGCAAACGACCAAGAAGCACCCGAACAAGAUGAAGGCCGCCAAGAAGUCGGGCAAGGCCAACAUGAGCAUGAGCUCGGGACUCGGUCGUCUGCCAAGCAAGACGCUCAAGCCCACGGCGCGUGCGGCGGCGAGCGCGACGCCGUCGCGGGAGCCCAAGCGGUCGGGCGCCAAGACGUCGCCGUCCACCAAGACCAACAAGAAGGAAAAAUCCCCGCGCUGGAGUGAGAAACGCAAAGACGCGGCGAAGAAGUCGCAAGGUCUUCGCCCACGCAAGGGGUAA